GGAGCUCGUACCUCCUCCUGCCGCCUGCCCUGUAGACGAAUGCGCGUCCUGCUCUCACGGAGAGGAAUGUUACUAAAUUUAUGAGAUCCUACAGUGAAUAUUCCAAGCAGCAAUGCGGGAUGAGGUCAUUUUGAGGUAGAUUUGAUAGGAUUACAGCUGCAGUGUGAAGCAGAACAAAAGAAAACCUGCAAAGGUGCUGGAAAAUGUAAGGUAUGACACACGACGCCCUUCCCUCCACAGGUGAACAGAGCAACUUGACAGAGGGACAAGUGUAGCCACUGUCAGAGGAGACGCCAUUGAAUUAUGAGCUGGUGCUUUAUUAACUCGCCUUUACAGCUCUGGUUCAAGCUGUCUUCAUCAGAAAUCAGGGCACACUUUGACACUUUGACUUUGGAGUGAAGGUGGAGCACAUUUUUUUCUGACUUGUCAGUCCAGUUAUUUUCUUACUCCCAUUUCUCCUGAAGCAGCUGCAAAUUAGCAGAUAGUCUGAUGAUGGCGUAAUUGUCAGUCGAUACAAAAGAAAGCACCUUUCUAGACGUUUUAGGAGGAAAGGUGUGUGAGAACGUUUGGAGACUCAUUGGAUCUGCAUGAGGGAAAGGAUGAGCGUGUUUCUGUACUCCGUCCUCCCUCCGUUGGGACUAUACACCCUGAUCUCACAGUAUCUGCUGAAGAACCCACACCAUCUCCACCGGAAGAAGAAAACGGCUUUCUACUGCACUCAAAUUUCACACCGAGGAGGAUCGGGAGAGAAGAUAGAAAAUACGAUGGAGGCGUUCACAAAUGCGAUAGAAAACGGCUCACAGAUGCUGGAGAUGGACUGCCACCUGACAAAGGAUGGACACGUGGUGGUUUCACAUGACGAGAACCUGAAGAGGCAGACCGGCGUGGACAAAGACAUCUCCUCGCUCAAUCUGGAGGAUUUGCCCCCGUAUAAGGAAAGGCUGGAGGUGACAUUCAACGCAGGGCAAGAGAACAAAAGUGGAACAGACAGAAAGAUUGCCCUACUAGAAGACGUGUUCAGGAAGUUCCCAAAGAUCCCUGUCAGCAUUGAGAUCAAGGAGAACAACCCACAGCUGAUGCAAGAGGUGUCAACCCUGGUUAAACGCUACGACAGGGAGGGCAUCACUUUGUGGGCUUCCGAGGAUGCCAAAAUCCUGAACAAGUGUCGCAGUAUCAACGUCUCUAUGCCCUACAGUUUCUCCGAACAACGCGGUAUCCUGCUUCUCCUUCUCUAUUACACGGGCCUGCUGCCCUUUGUACCUGUGGGAGAGAGCGUACUGCAGUUCUACCUGCCACGCAUCAUUAACAGGACCUACAAACCCGAAAAACCUGAAAUCCUGAAGAAAAGCUGGGUUAUUUCUUUAAUAGAUAAAACAACAAUGAGGAAAAAACUUUUCAAGCACCUUGCAGACCGUGGGAUACAGGUGCAUUUAUUUGUUUGCAAUAAAAAUGAGGACAUCAAGGCGGCGUUUGACCUGGGAGCAACAGGAGUCAUGACUGAUUAUCCAACUCUGCUCUCUACCUACGUCAGAACACAUGAGAGUGGACGACCCCAACAGCAGCAGUACUCAAGAACAAGUGCUCUUGGGACCGCAGAAACAACAAAGACUAGAGCAGACAUUGCAAGAACAAGGGGCGAAUCCAUGCGUCCAAACUGAACAAGAUUAGUUUGCUGCCAAACACCGAGYUGGCAGGACAAGGGUUUCAUUCACGUAGAACAACCAAUCACUGCCGACGGUGUGAUCAUGUCUGCUGUGUGCAUACAGUCGGGUCGGUAUGUAAAGAAACCUUUGAUGAGCUUUGUCAGCAGUGAAUGUUUAACUAGCCGCAGCCCGUCACCUGACAACCCAUGAUAAGACACUAAACAAAUAUGACUUUGUUUUGACUGGCUACUUUCUGACAUUAUUGAUUGGUUUAGGUGAAUAUUUUGUGUUUUUAGAUAAAAAGGGGGCAAUGAAAUUGUACUUUAGACUGCCUCAUAAAAGUGUUCAUACCACAAUGUGUUUGGGGGAAAUUGUAUUUGGUCACAAUACAAUCUCAACUGGAUUUAAGUCUCGACUUUGACCAUUCUUGAAUGAAAAGUUGUCAUCUGGAAAAGUAUUGGUAUAAAACCUACUCAAGUACUGAUUAGCUGCUCAUGAGAUCUGAUUUUAUUUGUACAAAAUGAUUCAAUCAGAGAGAUGAUUGCCUAACCCUGGUCUAUGCGUCUGCACAGCUUUCUUCCUGACCUGCCAGCUGUGCUGCUUGGUUUUCGUCAGGAUAUUUGCUCACUAAUGUU